AUGAAGAAGCAGGCGUCCAAGAGCAAGGGGCUGCUGGAUGACGGCGAAGAGGAGAUGCAGCUUACCAUCAACGAAGACUUUGCCAAGCAGUACGAACGCAAAAAGAAGUCUGAAGAAAUAACUCAAGCCAAGGAGACGAUCAAGAGGCUCGAGGAGGAGCUGAGCUCGGACGAGUCGGAUGAUGAAGAGGAGGACGAAGUGGGUCUGCUCGACCCCCUGGCCGAGGACCAGUUCCUCCGCAUCCUUCCCCUGCUCGCCAAGAAGGACCCCAAGCUCUACGAGAAGGACAUCACCUUCUUCCCUCCCGCCCCCGCCGCCGACGCACCAGGAAACGGCCCCGCCAAACCACAGCCGGACCCGAAGGCCAAGCAGCCCUUCCUCCUCAAGAACUACGUCAAGGGAGCCGUGCUCAAGCCCACCGAUGAGGAUCUGAGGUCGAGGAAGCGUGAGGCCGGCGGGACGAAGGAGAAGCCGGUGCUCCUGAAGGACUUCAUCCGUGAGACCCUCCUCAAGGAGGGCAGCGAGGGCCUGCUCGAGAGCGACGAAGAGGACGAGGGCUUCAAGAAGCCCGCCCCCAAGAAUCACAUCAUCAAGGCGCUGUCGCACGUGGAAGAGCAAGAGAUGCUGAAGAAGCAGUUCCUGGAGGCCGGCGAGAAGCUGGUCGCGGAUGACGACGGCGACGACGGCGACGACAACGACGAGGACGGGUUCCUGAAGCUGCGGAGCAAGAGCAAGGCCGAGCGCGAGAAGGAGGAGAAGGAGGACGAGGAGUUCUGGAAGGCCGAGGAGAAGCGGACCGGCAAGAAGCAGGGCAGCGGCGACGACGUCCUCUCCUCCUUCUGGCUCGGCGGCGACCUCGACGACAACGAAAAGUUCCUCCGCAACUACAUUUUGAACAACGGCUGGAUCGACAAGGAGGAGGGCAAGAUCCCCACCUACGAGCAGAUCCUGCAGGAGGUAACCGACACCUGCCCCACGCGCACUGAUUGA